AUAAAAGACGUCGAGUGCGCGCACUGGAGCAAGCAGUAGAAACUUACAGCUGAAGCGCAAACAUGUUCAACAAGACCUUUUUCGUUGCCCUCAUUCUGUGCGCCUGCUACUUGAGCGCCACCUGGGCACGCCCGCAGCUGCCGCAGCUGCCCGUUCCUGGACUCGAUGCUCUACCCAUCGGCAAUGUGGGCGGCGCCGUUGGCUCGGCACUCGGCGCAGCCACUGGAGGACUCGCAGCCGGCAGUCUGGUCCCGAAGCUAACGGGUCCUCUAGGCCAACCGAAGAUUCUGUAAGCCCAAUCAGCGCUAUCAACGAUUCCCCACAUCAAUGUCGACUGCAAUGCCAAAACUAAGUCUGUUCCAAUGUCAAUAAUAAUUGUUUGCGUUCUUAACUAUUAAAUCAAAAUUUGCAUAUCCU